AUGCACAUAAAUGAAAUGCCGAACGACUGUCUUCGGAAGGUAUUCGGCUUUCUUUCCUUUCAUGAAGUCGCUCAAAUUCGACCAGUGUGCCGGAAGUUCAAUUUUGUGGCUGCAGAUCUCCUUAAAUGCGAGUUCUGUCGUUUGGAACAGUUGGUGAGGGAUUAUCGACGAGAAUUAAAACUCCUUCUUCCCAGAAGGGAAUCUGAAAGGCGUCGACAUAAUAUGGCUGGGCACGCAGAUGUACUUUCAGCAGUGGAGACUCGGAUAUCACUUCUUGGAAUGACGAUAAUGCGUUAUGUUGAUGAGGGUUAUUGCUCCUUCUUUCCCGGAAAGGUACUAGACGAAUUGCGACGCGUUUAUGUGGCAAUCAAAUCUUCAACUGAACCCAUCUCCCGUUCCACUGAGUUACUUCGGGAGUUGCGAGACAUCUCUUCCAUGGCAAUGGAACACUUCGAUGAGGUGCUUCUGCCGCAGAUCUACGAAAGCAAGUUGCACCGUCAGCAGCACAAUUUGAAUGAGUUGGUUUAUCAGAGGCGCAUUCGACACCUGCAAUCUACCUCUCUUCUGAAGAAUCUCAGCCAAUCCUUUCCCAAUCUACUCGAUUUUGGCACUGGUCCACCCUCGUCCUCCUCAGGUGGUGGUCCUAUCGUGCCUGGGGCAUCCCAACCCUCGGUCUCCCAUGGAAUUAUCGAUCCCAGUGCCAUUAGUUCCCCUUCCUCCAACUCCGAAAAUCACCAAUCUCAACAUGAAACUCUACCCUCUGACGACUCCCCAAUCGCAACUCUUAUUAAGCAGAUAGGCACCAUGCAACAGGCAAUUGUCGCUCUUGCAACUUCACUACGCGAUAUGAAUGAUAAAAUGACGCGCUUCAACAAUGUGAUUAUUUCCCUGGGCUAUAGAAUUCAUCGUUUAGAAUCGAGAAGUGAAAUUGCCAUUCCUGAAAGGAGGAAAGUCGCUUCUCUUAAACGAAUUUCAGAGGACGAGGAUGUGUUGAAUAAUAAUAAUGAAGGAGAGUCUUAUGGUCCUAGUGAGCCAAAAAGGCGACCAGGGAUUGGUCAUGCAGACAAUGGUAGUGACCAGGAGGCAUUAAAUCUAUCGUCUACUUCUGAUUAUUUUUCAUCGUUGCCACCCAUUUCACAUACCCCUGAUCCAUCUACUUCUUAA